GGCGGCCAGUGGCUCCAGGCGCUGCGGCUGCUCGACGAGGCGGAGAGGGAGGGUCAAAGGCUGAAUGUCUUCGCCUACAGCGCUGCGAUCAGCGCCUGCGGGAAGGGGAGCCAGUGGGAGCUGGCCUGCUCUCUGCUGAUUCGCGGGGAGGACCGGCGCGUGGAGGCGAACGCCGUGGUGUACAACGCCACCAUCACGGCGUGCGAGAGAGGCCACCAGUGGCGCCUCGCCACCGAGUUCUUGGGGUCCAUGUCGCGGAGGGAGGCACCGCCCGACCUGGUCAGCUACAAUGCUGCGAUCAGCGCCUGCGGAAAG